AUUAAAUAUCAAAAUCAAAAUGGCAAUUCCAAGCUUCUACAUAGCAUUACUUGUACUCGUUUGUUUAGUGGCCGAGGCCAUACAAAGUCCAAGUCCAAGUCCACGUAUCGUUAGCGGUAGUAACGCUGCAAGGGGUCAAUUUCCUUAUCAGGUAUCCGUACGUGUAGGCGGAGAGCAUGUGUGCGGUGGAGCUUUGAUUUCCCAAAGUUUUGUUGUAACUGCAGCACACUGUGUGGCCAGUAUUUCACCAACAUUCCUUACUGUACAAGCCGGUACGAUAAAUCUCACCGAAGCCGGUACUAUUUCUCAAGUAGCGAAGAUAAUUCCGCAUCCCGACUACAAUUACGAUAAUGACAUUGCAUUACUACAGUUAAGUGAACCAUUUAACUACUCCAGUGUCAUACGACCAAUAAGAUUGGCUACUAAUGAAACACCAGCUGGCGAAGAGGUUACCAUUACUGGUUGGGGUCGCAUAACUGAUGGCGGUGCACUCUCCGAAAUAUUACAGUAUAGUCGCAAACUGACUGUUUUAAGUGAUAAGCAGUGUGCUCGUAUAGCCGGCCCCAUUAAUCCGGGCGUACAAUGUCUUUCUAAGGUUCAAAAUAAUGGCUUCUGUGAUGGUGAUGAUGGUGGUCCAGCAGUUCACAAAGGCGUAUUGAUUGGCAUCGCAAGUUAUUAUUCCGAUGGCUGUGGCUCUUCUGCGCCAGACGGUUAUACUAAGGUGUCCUAUUAUAAUAACUGGUUAGUUUCAAACUUAGUUUAGAAGCAGUUUGAAAGAAAUCACAAGUUUAUAAACAAUAAAGCUCAAUAGUAACCAACA